AGCAGCCGCCGCCAUUUUGUUUGUGUGCGCAGGGUGCUCAGGGGCUCGCUCGCUUUUUUCCUCAGCUUUAUGCAUGUACCCGUUUGAACUCAGAGUUCCUGCAUAUAACAUCCAGCAACAGAAGCUGAUGCGGCACUCCAAACGAACUCAUUGUCCUGAAUGGGACGACAGGAAGAGCUGGGAUCAGAGAAGGAACAGCAGCAGCCAUAAGCGCAGGAGAAGGUCCCACAGCAGUGGACAAGAAAGCAAGCACUAUAAACCACCUCACUUUUCAGAAAGUCAUUAUUUGGACGAUAGAGCCAUAAAUGAGAGAGACCAUCAUGACCGGAGAUAUGUUGAGGAAUACAGAAAUGACUUCUGUGAAGUGUAUGACCACAGGCAUUAUCACAGAGAUUAUGAAAAGAGUCACCAUCAUCACUAUAGCAAAUCCUCUGGUCGGAGCAGGAAAAGUAGUCAUAAAAGGAAGCAUAAGAGACAUCAUUGCUCCAGUCACCAAUCACAUUCGAAGAGUCACCGAAGGAAAAGAUCCAGGAGUGUAGAGGAUGAUGAGGAGGGUCACCUGAUCUGUGAAAGUGGAGACGUUCUAAGAGCAAGAUAUGAAAUUGUUGCGACUUUAGGAGAAGGAGCUUUUGGAAAAGUAGUGGAGUGCAUAGAUCAUGAUAUGAGAGGAAUGCAUGUAGCAGUUAAAAUUGUGAAAAAUGUUGGUAGAUACCGGGAAGCAGCCCGUUCAGAAAUACAGGUACUGGAACACUUGAACACCAUGGAUCCAGGCAGCACUUUCCGCUGUGUCCAGAUGCUGGAAUGGUUUGAUCAUCAUGGCCAUGUUUGCAUUGUUUUUGAGCUGCUGGGACUUAGUACUUACGAUUUUAUUAAGGAAAACAGCUUUCUACCAUUUCAUAUUAAUGACAUUAGAAAUAUGGCUUAUCAGAUUUGCCAGUCUAUAAAUUUUUUACACCAUAAUAAACUAACUCAUACAGAUUUAAAACCUGAAAAUAUCUUGUUUGUGGAGUCUGAUUACAUAGUGAAGUACAAUGCUAAGAUGAAGCGGGAUGAACGUACAUUAAAAAACACAGAUAUCAAAGUUGUAGAUUUUGGAAGUGCAACUUUUGAUGAUGAACAUCACAGCACAUUAGUGUCUACAAGGCACUAUAGAGCUCCUGAGGUAAUUUUAGCACUGGGAUGGUCGCAACCUUGUGAUGUUUGGAGUAUUGGUUGUAUUCUAAUUGAGUAUUACUUGGGAUUUACUGUGUUUCAGACACAUGAUAGUAAAGAACACUUGGCAAUGAUGGAAAGGAUUCUAGGGCCUCUGCCAUCUCACAUGAUCAAGAAAUCCAGAAAGCACUAUUUUCAUCACGACCAGUUGGACUGGGAUGAGCACAGUUCUGCAGGUCGAUAUGUUAGGAGACGCUGUAAGCCUUUAAAGGAAUUCAUGCAUUGCCAAGACAGAGAUCAUCAAAGUCUCUUUGACCUUGUUCGCAGAAUGUUGGAGUAUGACCCAGCCAAAAGAAUUACUCUUGAUGAAGCCUUGCAGCACCCUUUCUUUGAACCAUUAAAGAAGUAAACUGAGAGAUCUCUUAUGCUUCUCCAAGGAGAUUACCUAGACUGCGUCAGUCAACAGAGAUUGCAUGAAACUUUUGUAAACUUUAAAUUAUUUUGUACAGUUAAGUCUGUAAAUAUUUA